AUGGGCUCGGUGACUUCUGCUUUGACAAGGACAAGAAACGCCUUGGUGAAAGUGGGCUCAGAGCCGGAGAACCCUGACCCGGAGAGGAGCCAGUCCGCCCCGGAGUCAGACCGGACCAGGAAGAGGAGCGCUCGGUUUAACGUUUCCAUCCAAGCUGGGCGGCAGAGUUCCCGCCAGUCGCUGUCCGAGGUCCUGAGCCGACAAGACUCCGAAGGAACCAAACAAACCUCGAAGAAAAAGACUUGUGAAGGUCCACAGAGCGUGGCAAAUGAAGACGGAGAGAGCUCCACCAGACCACAGGCCAGUUUUGCACGCUCAAAGUCCCAGAGUGCUUUGUGGAAUGCCAUCACGGCGGGGAUGGGGAUCAAAGGCAAAGAGCAGAAAGGCCCCCUGAAUGACCCGCGGAGUCCUGAAGAGAUUCUGGCUGACGAUCUUCCUGCAGCAGAUGAACCAGACGCCACAGAGAAAACGGCCAUCAGAUUAAGAUGUCUGGUGAAGCAGUUGGAGAGAGGAGAGGCUUCCCUCGCUGACCUCAAGAAAAACCUCGAGUAUGCUGCGUCGGUGCUGGAAUCCGUUUACAUCGAGGAGACAAGACGUUUGGUGGACACAGAGGAUGAGCUCAGCGACAUUCAGUCAGAGUCUGUGCCCUCAGAGGUGCGGGACUGGCUGGCCUCCACCUUCACUCGCCAGAUGGGCCUCAUGCUGCGGCGCAAUGAAGAAAAGCCUCGCUUCCGCAGCAUCGUCCACGCCGUUCAGGCUGGCAUAUUUGUUGAGAGGAUGUACCGACGUACCUCCAAUAUGGUGGGACUCAGCUACCCUCCUUCUGUCAUAUCUGUGCUUAAGAAUGUCGACAAGUGGUCGUUUGACGUGUUCGCUCUUAAUGAGGCCAGCGGGGAUCACGCACUUAAAUUCAUAUUCUACGAGUUGCUCACAAGAUACGACCUCAUUAGCCGUUUCAAGAUCCCAAUCUCUGCAGUGGUGUCAUUCGUGGAGGCCCUGGAAGUGGGAUACAGCAAACACAAAAACCCCUACCACAACCUGAUGCACGCUGCUGAUGUCACACAGACUGUACACUACUUGCUACUCAAGACUGGCAUGGUGCACUGGUUGACUGAGUUGGAGAUCUUUGCCAUGAUCUUUGCGGCGGCGGUGCACGACUAUGAGCACACGGGGACCACAAACAACUUCCACAUUCAGACAAGGUCAGACACAGCGAUCCUGUACAAUGACCGCUCAGUGCUGGAGAGUCACCACGUCAGCGCAGCCUACCGCCUACUGCAGGACGACGACGAGAUGAACAUCCUCUACAACCUCUCCAAGGAUGACUGGAGAGAGCUGCGGGCUCUGGUGGUGGAGAUGGUGCUGGCCACAGAUAUGUCCUGCCAUUUCCAGCAGGUUAAGGCCAUGAAGAACUUCCUCCAACAACCUGAGGGCAUUGACAAGCCCAAAGCUCUGUCCCUGCUGCUGCACACAGCAGAUAUCAGCCACCCGGCCAAAAGCUGGGACCUCCACCAUCGCUGGACCACCUCCUUACUGGAGGAGUUCUUCAGACAGGGGGACAAAGAAGCAGAGCUUGGGCUGCCGUUCUCUCCGCUCUGCGACCGAAAGUCUACAAUGGUGGCCCAGUCCCAGAUCGGGUUCAUAGACUUCAUCGUGGUGCCCACCUUCACUGUGCUGACGGACAUGAUGGAGCGCAUCGUCACGCCGCUCAUCGACGAGGCUUCGCAUUCAGGUUUCGCUGGCUUUCGCCGCUCAAGUCUGAACAGUAUUAGCUCAGAUGAAGCCAAACGGCACAGUGUGAAGAGCAUGGGCUCCGACAGCAGCUCAUCAGGCCAAAGCUCCCUGCUGACGGUGGACAUGAAGAACUUCAAGGCGUUGUGGAAUGAAGAGGUUUAUCAGAACAGAGAGCGGUGGAAAGCCCAGGCCGCUAAAGAGGCGGAGGAGAGAGCUAAAAGGGAAGCAGAGGAGCGAGCUCAGCAGGAAGAGGCUAUGGAUCCACAGGAGGUCCACACGGAAUCAGAUCACUCUGAACCAAAGGAGGACAAAUUGGAGGGGGAGGCGCCCGAGUCAGCAGAGGUCAGCAGACCACCAGAUGGUAACACAGGGGAAACAGAACAGGGAGCACAGCCUGGGAGCGCCACACACAAGAGUCCUCCCCUGCAUAACGGAGAGUUGUCUGAAGGGGCUGAAUCUCCAGAGGGUGAAGAAAAGACGAACAAAAGUGUCGAUGAGUUUGUGGCUCUACCCAUGUGCAUUAUUCCACCCUCACUGCUUAUUGAUAAAGACAAUACAGAAGAUUUAAUGACCUUAAGAUGA